AAUCACAUCACUGUGCACUGCAUAUGGGUGUGCAAUACCCUAGUUUUCAUACACUUGGUGCCCUCCACGGUGCCAAGUGCAUGAGAACUGCAGAGAAUUUCCACUAACCUUAUGCUGGAACAGUGCUACUAUUUUUCAGACAUCUUGGCAGUAGCGGCUACAAUGAUCGUGGGUCACAAUGUCAAGAAAAUCAUGCCACUGUCACAUCUGUUUGUUGGAUCAAAAGCUGUUGCUGAUACUCGCUGGACGCGAUCCUGCAUCUGGCCCGUGUUCAACUUCACAAGUGCGGCGUCAAGACCUUGCGUCAGCAUUCUUCUAUCACCAGGAUGUGCCCGGACCACGUGGCUUCGUGACGUCACCUUCAUUCCCGAUACCAGCGCCUUCGCCUACAAAAGCCUCGCUCCCACAAGAUCUCGCCAGUGGGCAUGGCAGCACAACACGGAGCAUGACGGCUAAACUGUUCUUCCUGAUCACGCAGGACUGUUCACGACUGGAACUCCCUGCCAGGCGAUAUAAUAACAGCAUCACCAGAGUCCUCCUUCUUUAAUAAACUCCGAGAUUUUUGUGAUUCUUGUAUCUGAUGCUCAUUUAUUAAUUUUUUUGCGAUGAAUAUAGUCUUUGUAUAACGCUGUUUGUGUGUUUUUGGAUCAGCUAGAAGGAAUAUCCUUGUGCUUGUU